AUGUAUCCCCCAAAAGGGCUCUAUAUGCCCGUAUUUUACAGAUUAUGCAGGCACAUCCACAGAAGAUGUCUAGUAACAACAAAAGAGUCGCUGGAAAUCGCAAAAAUACCUUCGGAAAUCAAGAAUGGCGCCCCGCCAGAAACGGCCGGGGAGACGCUGAGGGUAACUGGCGGUAAACUCUCGCUCUUUACCCCAAAAGUGGACGAGUUGCCAUCAGAUAUGGAGCCUCUGGCCUCCAGAGACGUCCCAGUCAUCGACAAGAGCAGUUUUAAGAACUACUUAAUCGUUCCUCAGCUUGGCAUCAAGUCGCUCUUCUCAAGCCAGGAAGUAAAGCUUUGUGAAAACUCUCCAAUACCUUACAAGGAGUAUGUACCUGGGACUGUACAUGCGCAUCACUAUCCUCUCUUUCUGUUGCCCACAGAGUACUCUGCGAGGAUUUCAAGCGAUAUUUACGCCGCCUCUUACACGGAGGACUCAAGAAACUAUAAAUUCGAAGGGGAUAGAAGGCUACCACUCAGCAUAGGGAACUGUGCGAUUCCACAUCCUCCACAACCGUUGCUUUAUGCAAUUUUGGGGAGGCCAACUUUGCUACUCCUUUUCAGCGGAAAUCCUCCAAACUCUGAUGCAACCACCGCUCUUUUAUGGAAAAAUAGACUGGAACAUGAUAUAAACACCGUAGCGGUCCUGAAUAGUCCGUCUGGAAAACUCUUGAGCUUUGCCCACAAGAGGUACCUCAACACGUUAGCCUCGACUAUCGUUGACAAGUGUCUAUUUAUGAGCAUUGUAAAGAGUCUCUCUGUGCAAUCCACCGUAAACAUGCACCAAUAUCGCAAAGAGCUGCCAAGUCUACUUCUAAUCGACAAAUCCGGAUACAUUCGGUGGCACGCCAUAGGAAAACCUACCAGAGAAUCCAGCUUUAUACUCAAUGAAAGUAUAAAACAAGUACUCAAGGAGUAGUGGUUCUAUCGGCUAAUCGCUUCCUAUUCUAGAAUAAUGCAGUUUUCAUCUGGAUGGAUAUUGCAAAAUACAGUGUGAUAUACAUGAUGGCAUAAAUUCAUCCUUUAUCAACGGGUUAGUCAUUAAAAAUUACUCAUAG